GCUAUUCGAGCCGUUGGCCCCGCACAUCGAGAUCAGCUGUUAGCCGCAGUGUUAGCACUUCACACCUGCUGCAGCUGGCAGACUGGCAGCUCUCAUCUGAUGCUCUGGAAACAAACCCUGGAGUUAAAGGAAUAACAUUGUAAUGUGAGAGAAAGAAGGAAAGGAACGGAAUGGAUUUGUUCGGGUUGCUGAAUGUAAACGAGCUCGCUGUAGCUUUGUCCAAACUCAACAUGUUUCCGUAUUUUGAAGCUGCUCAUUACAUCGUGUCAGUGAUGUGUUUACGGGAACAACCAGGAGCAUUAGAAGUGUCCCGCCGCAGUCCUUUUGCGUGUUGGUUCAGUGCGAUGCUGUACUGUUUUGGAGGAGCUGUGCUCUCAGGAGUCAUCAUGGCUGAAGCUCCGAUCGAACCGCUGGCCAACAGCACCAACAUCCUGCUCGCAUCUUUAAUGUGGUACUUGGUGUUUUACUGUCCUCAGGAUGUGGUGUACUCCAGUGCCUCCUUCCUGCCCAUACGAUUGGUCCUCACAGCUAUGAAGGAAGUGACACGUACGUGGAAGGUUUUGGGCGGAGUUACACAGGCGAGCAAGAAGUACAAGGACAGCCUGUUUGUAAUGAUCGCAGUGGGCUGGGCUAAAGGUGCAGGUGGAGGCCUGAUGAGUAAUUUUGAGCAGCUGGUUCGAGGUAUUUGGAAACCUGAAACCAACGAGCUGUUGAAGAUGACAUACCCGACUAAGGUGACUCUGAUUGGCUCAGUGCUGUUCUCUCUGCAGCAGUGUCAGUAUCUCCCCAUGCACAGGCCGCAGCUGAUGCUCCUCUACACCGCCUUUACUGUCAUCAAUAAGACGAGGAUGAUGCUCAUGGGUUCCUCUUUCUCUCUGUUGGCUGGACUUGAGUCGGCUCUGUACGAAGUGCUGUUUGCACGACCUGUGACCUGCUCUCCCUCGACCGAUCAGAACAACUCCCACAUCACUUCUUCUUGCUCCAGCUCGGAGGCCAAAAGCUCUUCUUUUGUCAAGAACGGCUUGUCGCUUCCACAUGAACAAAAUGAUCCCGAGAAAGACAAGAAAAAAACAGAAUAGUUUUUUUUUUUUUUAAUCCUUUUCUUUCCCUUAUUUUUUUCUGCAAUACUGUGAUAUUUUCUCUAAAACAGUUUUCCACUUUUGUGGGUAAAAAUGUGGGUAAAAUUGAAAGACAUCAAUUUAUCUCUACUUGUAGCUGUAGAUUCUUUUUUUAUAUUUUAAGGUUUUGCUUGAUAUUUUGUAUAACGUUACUACAGAAAAUUUGUAGUAAAUUCUUUAUUUUUUUCCCCAAAACUUUUAUCUGUAUAUUUGCUGUGGAUCUGUAAAUAUUUCUAUUAUAAUUUUAUAAAAGGAAUCUAUUCUCACAAUUAUAUUUUAGAUAUUAUAUAAUAUAAUUUAUAUUAUAAGAAUGUGCUUUCUCACCUGUUGUCACCUUUUUGACAUCACGCUGCUAUCACACUGUCAUGUAAAGAGUUUCUACAGUAGUGAUUGAAUUUUUUUUAUCCUUCACUGGGUUAAACACUAUUGGGAAUGAAAAUGUUUAACAAGUUCAAAUUUGUUUACUGAAUAAAAUUGUCAAGCAAUCAGUCAAACCCAAAAGCAUGGUAUUGUGACUAAGGUCCCUACAGCAGAAUCGCUUCAUGAUAAAACACAAUACAAUGUAGUAUAAUAUAAAAAAUAAUAAAAAUGUGUAAAUUAAAAGUAA